CACUACGAUAGCUCUAUUACUACAAACCUGAAUGUCAAAAGGUGCUUCGCAUUUUAGUACUACUGCUCUCUUCUCUUUACACCAUGCUUGAUCAGUACCAAAAGUUCCCUAGAAAUCAGCUCUAUGUAACCUGCCAUGUCCACAGCAGACAUGAGAGUGCAGAAGACAAAGAGUUUGGUUUCCGGAGUGCAUGGGAGUUUCAAGCUCAAGCAUGUCUCGAAGAAGAUCUUGGUGUUCAUUCACCACGGUUAUGGGAGACAAACACCAAAUACGAGUCUUCUCCUUUGCUCCCCCAAAACCAUCACUACAGUGACCUUUCUCCCACGUCACGCAGACGGGUGAUUCUUGAAGGCAGGAAUGAACUUAUGCAGACGAUUCAGGACAUGCCAGAGUCAUGUUAUGAACUUUCUCUGAGAGAUAUUGUUGAUGAGGAGCAACAAGGUAUGCAGAAGGCUGGAAAGGGCACUGAUGUUGAAGAGAAGAGUUUCGACUUCAACGCUCAAGCUCGAAUCAGGAACCAGAAGAAGAUAACAGCCUACAAAACAAGACAGAUAUCACGGACUUCAAGUAUGGAAAGUGAAACAUUCCUAAUCAAGAUGUUCUUUCCAACUUUUCUAGGCCUAAAGAAGAAAGCAAAAGCAGCUGGAAAUUGCUCAAAAGUUUCCCCCAGGCCAACAUUUGGACCUGAGAACCAUGAAGAUUUUUGUGUUGAAAGCACAAGCAGCAGGAGAAGGUUUUCUGAUGACGAUAUCUUACCUGGUUGCUGGACCUUCUUCCACAGCAAGAAAGGCAAAAGCAAAAGACCAAGGGGAAGCUGAUUAUAGAUAGUUGUUUAUUUGUUUACUGAGGCAACAAAAUCCAGCCUCAGUAUAGAUCUUUCUCUAGCUGGAAACCGAAACCAGCAAAAUAAAUGAGAAAUAUAUUUUACAGUUAGAAUUGGAAAUCUAUUACAAAUCAAGAACUAUUCUUUGUAUGUCCAUUCACUCGUUGUAAGCAUCUGAACUGCUGCUAUGUAACAAAUAAUGUAGUCAAAACUCAGUAACACUCCAUAGACCAGUUUACAAGAACACCCUCAACACUCUCAAGGUCCAUAUCAUGAACCUUGACUUUGGAAUGCAGAACACUGUUACACAGCCAUUUCAAUAUUUGACAGUAAACAUAAUUUUCACUAAUAAACAUGUAUGAGUAGACUUUGGAACCAUUUAUACCA